AUGUUAUCAGACAAGGAGCUAUUCGAUUUAAACAAAAAGGCCGUCACACAAGGCUUCAACAUCAAGCCACGUUUGGACUACAACACCGUUGGAGGUGUCAAUGGUCCAUUGGUGAUCUUGGAAAACGUGAAGUUCCCAUCGUACAAUGAGAUUGUCGACUUGACCUUGCCAGACGGAACCACCAGAGCGGGACAAGUCUUGGAGGUGAGAGGUGACAAGGCUGUCGUCCAAGUGUUUGAAGGUACCUCCGGUAUCGACGUCAAGAAGACCAGGGUCGAAUUCACGGGCUCCAGUUUGAAGAUUCCUGUUUCUGAAGAUAUGUUGGGUAGAGUGUUUGAUGGUUCCGGUAGACCAAUCGACAACGGACCAAGGGUCUUUGCCGAAGACUACCUCGAUAUCAACGGUUCCCCAAUCAACCCGUACGCCCGUAUCUACCCUGAAGAAAUGAUUUCCACCGGUAUCUCUGCUAUCGACACGAUGAACUCCAUUGCCAGAGGCCAGAAGAUUCCUAUUUUCUCUGCUUCGGGUUUGCCACACAACGAGAUUGCCGCACAGAUUUGUAGACAGGCAGGCUUAGUCAGACCUACAAAGGACGUCCAUGACGGUCACGAGGACAACUUCUCCAUUGUCUUUGCUGCUAUGGGUGUCAACUUGGAAACGUCCAGAUUCUUCAAACAGGAUUUCGAAGAAAAUGGUUCCCUAGAAAGAACUUCCUUGUUCUUGAACUUGGCCAAUGAUCCAACCAUUGAAAGAAUUAUCACACCAAGAUUGGCUCUUACAACAGCAGAGUACUUGGCUUACCAGACCGAAAGACACGUGUUGACCAUCUUGACUGACAUGUCUUCCUACGCUGACGCCUUGAGAGAAGUCUCUGCUGCAAGAGAAGAAGUCCCAGGUAGAAGAGGUUACCCAGGUUACAUGUAUACCGAUUUGUCUACUAUCUACGAAAGAGCUGGUAGAGUCGAAGGUAGAAAUGGUUCCAUCACCCAGAUCCCAAUUUUGACUAUGCCUAACGAUGAUAUCACACAUCCAAUUCCAGAUUUGACCGGUUACAUUACCGAGGGUCAAAUAUCCGUCGAUAGACAGCUACAUAACAGAGGUAUCUACCCUCCAAUCAACGUCUUGCCUUCCUUGUCGAGAUUAAUGAAGUCUGCCAUCGGUGAAGGUAUGACCAGAAAGGACCACGGUGAUGUUUCCAAUCAAUUGUAUGCAAAGUAUGCCAUCGGUAGAGAUGCUGCUGCUAUGAAGGCCGUUGUUGGUGAAGAAGCAUUGUCAACAGAAGAUAAAUUGUCUUUGGAGUUUUUGGAGAAGUUUGAAAAGACCUUCAUUGCCCAAGGUGCUUACGAAAACAGAUCCGUUUUUGAAUCUCUUGAUCUCGCCUGGUCUUUGUUGAGAAUUUAUCCAAAGGAAAUGUUGAACAGAAUUUCUCCAAAGAUUUUGGCCGAAUUCUACGAUCGUGAGAGAAACGACGAAGACGAAGAAGAAGAAGAAGAAAAGGACAGCUAA